GCAAAUUAGACAUCCCUUUUCCCGGCAGGUCGGACAACUGAAUACUUUUCCUGCUAGUAAUUACUCCGUUGUUGUCGGGACUUUAGGUAUAGCAUCGAGAUUCGACUGGCUUCUCUCCUCGUAAACCCUAUGCUUUUAGGCAGCGUAUUUCCCCUUUUCAAAUCAAAGAGCGCUGGCUGGCCUUUCUGGAUUAGUUAUCGGUCCAUCUCUGGACGGGAUCCCAACUUGCUGAACCUCGGCAACUCCGCUGCUCAGAGAUCGCGAGCCAAUCAAAUCGUAUGCAUCCUGCGGCCAACCCGAAUACGGUUGCGGUUGGACCAUUGGAAUUUUUGUUCCUGGAUCGAAGGCUCCUCUCUGACCCGGGAUUCUCCCAACGGGAGUCGAGAUCUUUUGACCACAAAGGUAAGGGCGAAAGUGCGUGAGUGGGCUCCCACUCCAGAAGCCCAUCAUGACGAUCUUCCGGAGCCCUUAUCUCGUUGUCCGGAGGGGCGCAGCUUCCACUCUUUUGAUCACCGGGCACCUGGCGCCUUUAUCGGUGGCACUGGCUCAACAGGGUCCAUUAUUCCUUCGCUUCACUUCUCAACACAUUGGCCCAAGGAGCAACAGAUACUAUUCUUCUGGUCAGACACUUCCCUCAUCUCCUAGCCCUCCAUCAUUCAAGAAAAGAUCCAUUUUUCGCCGCCUAUUAGGAUUCUCUGCAAUUGCAGUUUUGUCAUUUGUUAUUGGAACUACGGCGAAUUCAAAACUAUUCAGCAUGCAUUCCACUGUCACUCAGAUACUCUCGGAUGAGGCAAAGUCCGAUCCCUAUAAGGCAGAGGACGAGUUUGCGAGAGAAGUGGAUGAGCACAUUAAUUCACACCCGCUCACGCAAUCAAUGCGUGAAAACCCACUCUUUAAAGAGUCAAGACCACACCUACAGAUUCCAGUGGAGAUGAGAUCACACAGCCUCACAGGAGGAACACUGACGGGGCCAAACAAGAUUGUUGUGCCGCCAUAUGUAUGGAAUGAAGAGGGAGGUAAGAGCAUGGUGUCGAUGUUCUACCUUGGUGCCGACGUAUCUGGACACCCCGGGAUCGUCCACGGGGGGCUACUAGCUACCAUGCUGGACGAAGGACUUGCUAGAUGUUGUUUUCCGUCCCUUCCAAAUAAGAUCGGCGUUACCGCGAACCUGAAUAUCGACUACCGUCGCCCAGCCCCUGCUGGAUCCUUCUUUGUUCUCCGGGCGAAGACCACGAAAGUGGAGGGAAGAAAGGCUUGGGUUGAGGGCUGGAUUGAGACACUCCCAGACGAUGGAACCGACCCAACUAUCCUUGUCGAAGCCAAAGCCUUAUUUGUGGAGCCAAAAAAUGCAGCGAUUCUCCCCCGCUUGUAUCGCGCUGAGUGACCUUUUUCAUUCAUCCUAGAUCGCAUUGUUAGAGUCUGUUUCAAUUUGGAGCGUGUUUAGCAUUUCAAACUGAGCGGCGUGUGUGGAUAAUACCUAGUUAGUUUUGGAUACCAGUAUAGAGAGUAUUUGGUCCCCGGACAGGUGCAUACACAGGUUGAUGCCCAGUUUGGAAAACAGUGGCACGGAUUGACAGGAUUCUAGCGACAUCAAGAUAUAGAUUCUCGUACUCCAUACAGAGU